AUGCGUGUUAAGAAGCCGACCUCAAAGCGGACAUCCACCCGGAUGCGGGAAGGAAUUAAGAAGAAGGCUGCUGCUCAACGUAGAAAGGAAAAGAAGCAGUCGAAGAAGGACGUCACAUGGAAGUCCAAGCACAAGAAGGACCCUGGUAUUCCUGCCAGCUUCCCAUAUAAAGACCGUUUACUGUCGCAAAUUGAGGACACCAAGCGACUAGAGCAGGAGGAAAGACAAAGAAAGAGAUCCGAGAGAAAGCUGGAGCAAUUACAGGGCCAUGAGGAGGAAAUGAUGAGCGAAGACGACGAGGAUAUGGAAGCUGACGAGGGAAACAACCUGGCAGCUUUGCUUGAGUCUGCCGAAAAGGCGGCCGAGGAAUUCUCUGGCGAAACAGCUCAGGAACCAAUGGACGAGGAAGAUCUCGAGGUGGUUGACUACGAAAUUUCUGUGAGCGAUGACGAAGCCAAUACUCAACAGGAGAAGUCCAGAAAGCAGUUUGACAAGAUUUUCAAGUCUGUGGUUGAGGCAUCGGAUGUUGUGUUGUAUAUUCUGGAUGCGCGGGAUCCAGAGGCCACGCGGUCGCGGAAAGUUGAGGAGGCUGUUUUGCAGAACUCGUCUAAACGUUUGAUUUUUGUGGUUAACAAGGUGGAUCUGAUUCCAGAAGACAACCUCAAGACCUGGUUAGACUACUUGAAGCAGUCUUUCCCAACAAUUCCUUUGAAGGCAAGCAGUGGUUCUACCAACGCCCAGUCGUUCAACCGUAAGUUGACCCAAGCUGCCUCUGCAUCUACACUUUUACAAGCAUUAAAAUCUUACUCGCAGAAAUCGAACUUGAAGAGAGCAAUUGUUGUUGGUGUGAUAGGGUAUCCUAAUGUUGGAAAAUCGUCUGUUAUCAAUGCGCUCACUUCCAGACACGGUGGAUCUUCCAACGUUUGUCCUGUUGGAAACCAAGCUGGUGUGACUACUUCGCUGAGAGAGGUCAAGAUCGACAACAAGCUCAAGAUCCUCGAUUCUCCAGGAAUUGUGUUCCCAGACACCAAGAAGAAGAACAAGCAGCUUCAGGAGGCCGAACUGGUUCUUCUGAACUCAAUUCCUCCUAAACAAGUGAAGGACCCUCUUCCUCCAAUUAAGCUUUUGCUCAAAAGAUUGGCCAAGAACACACAAAUGGCUGAUGGAUUCAAGAACUUUUACCAGUUGCCGCCAUUGCCAUCUUCCGACCUGGACGAGUUCGCAAAACAGGUGCUGAUCCACAUCGCUAGAAAACAAGGUCGUUUGGGCAAAGGAGGUAUUCCUAACCUGCACUCUGCUGGAGUGACUGUUCUGAACGAUUGGAGAGACGGCAAGAUUGUGGGAUGGACGGUCCCACAGCCGCGUGAAGAGGCCAAGAACAUCAGCAGUGUGAGCAAACUGUCUGCGCCAGCCAAGGUUGAACAAACUACGGUGGUGAAAGAAUGGGCCAAAGAGUUUGAUUUGGACGCGCUCUUUGCUGAAGUUGGGGUUUAG